AGCUUCGACUCUGAUUUUGAUUGAAAUUCCAUAUUUCCAUCUCUACCUCCAAUUUAUUACUAGCUCUAUAGACCAAUUGACAAUUAUAAAUUUGACAUAAAUUUGACAAUUGACCUGUGUAUUAUCUAUACAAAAAUUGUUUAUCCAUUUCUGAAGCUUAGUUCGCUUUAAUUCGUUCUGCCCUUUGUCAAAUCCUUUACUCUGGUCAGCAAGGAUUGAGUGGCUAACCAAUAUAUACAGAAGCAGUCUUCAUUCAAUUCACUCCACUUCGCUUCAAUUCAUUUCAAUUCAAUUCAGUUAAAAUUCAAUUCUAAUUCAAUUUCAAUUCAAUUACAAUUCAAUUCAAUUCAAUAAAAUAGAGAAUUAUUUUAAUUUCUCGAAGUAGUAGGAUUGACCAAUUGAUCAUUUCAUCCAAUUCUAUUUCAAUUGAUUUUUAAAUAAAUCCAACUUCAUUGCAUUUUUGCUAAUCCAGCCCCCCCCUACUUCUUUCAUGCCUUCUUCUUCAAGCAUCCUCAAAAAGCUCCAUAUAACCAGGCUGAAUAAUAAUAGUAACGAUAGUCAAAAUCAAGAUUCAAAUACGGUAUCAUCUCAAGCAACAACAGAAUCAGCAUCACAAACAUUAGUAGCUUCAACAUCUUCUUCAAGUAAAAAUACAAAUAUGGAUUUCUUUAAUCAUCUGCAACCACAUCAAUUGCAGGGUCAACCAAUUCAACAAAAAGAUACUACAACAGCAACUUCAUCUAAUGCAGGAACUUCUGAUGCUAUUCGAAGAUCUCUCUUACCUCAACGUUCAACAGUAUCUAAAGGUAAAUAUUCUUUAACUGAUUUCAGUAUUAUGAGAACUUUAGGAACAGGAUCUUUUGGUAGAGUGCAUUUAGUUAGAUCUGUUCAUAAUGGUAGAUAUUAUGCUAUUAAAGUUUUGAAAAAAGCUCAAGUCAUUAAAAUGAAACAAGUUGAACAUACUAAUGAUGAAAGAAGAAUGCUUAAACUUGUGGAACAUCCAUUUCUUAUUAGGAUGUGGGGAACAUUUCAAGAUUCAAAGAAUUUAUUUAUGGUGAUGGAUUAUAUUGAAGGUGGUGAAUUAUUCUCUCUUUUAAGAAAAUCUCAAAGAUUUCCGACUCCUGUAGCUAAAUUUUAUGCUGCUGAAGUUACUUUAGCUUUGGAAUAUUUACAUAGUCAUGAUAUUAUUUAUCGAGACUUAAAACCUGAAAAUAUUCUUUUGGAUAGAAAUGGUCAUAUAAAAAUUACUGAUUUUGGAUUUGCAAAAGAAGUUAAUACAGUUACAUGGACUUUAUGUGGUACCCCAGAUUAUAUUGCUCCAGAAGUUAUUACAACAAAACCUUAUAAUAAAUCAGUUGAUUGGUGGUCAUUAGGAGUUCUUAUCUUUGAAAUGUUAGCAGGUUAUACACCAUUUUAUGAUGCAACACCAAUGAAAACUUAUGAAAAGAUUUUAUCAGGUAAAAUUCAUUAUCCAAGUUUCUUUAGUCAAGAUGUAGUUCAUUUAUUACAAAAUUUAAUUACAGCUGAUUUAACUAGAAGAUUAGGUAAUUUAAUGAAUGGACCAGCUGAUAUUAGAAAUCAUCCUUGGUUUCUGGAAGUUGUAUGGGAAAAAUUAUUAGCUAAAGAUAUUGAAACACCUUAUGAACCUCCAAUUACAGCAGGAGUUGGAGAUUCUUCACUUUUCGAUCAUUAUCCUGAAGAACAAUUGGAUUAUGGAUCGAGUGGUGAUGAUCCUUAUGGACAAUAUUUCACUGAAUUUUAAUUCAAUUUAUGCUCCAAUCAACCAAUAUUACUUUAACGAUGUUACUUUUAGCUUGUUUUAUCGAUUUUUCCCUUUUUGUUUAGUUUAACUUAUAUAACAUUUA